AUUGCUCACAUCUUGAGAGGUGGGCCUGCUCAGUCAUUUCCUACAGCUCCGCAUCUCGUUUUGGAGAUUAGCCAUUCAGAAACAAAAGGUCGCAGCAAGAUCAGCGUAUUGUACUUAGUACCUGCAGGGACUGUGGUACUAUAAAAAGAUCAAGCUAGCCGGGCAAUAUCACUCUCCACAUCGUGGGGCGGACAAUCUUAUUGAACAGUCGAUGUUAUACUUGCACUGCCACUUCUCGCCCUUGGGAGCUGUCACCGAGUACACUUCCGAUAAUUUGGGUCUUAAUGGUGCCAUCCCGUUGGCUUCAAAAAGAAGGGACAUCCGGACCUCAUCAUGGCGCGUCGCUCAGCACCAACUGCCGAUGGCUGUGGCUAUUGAAAUAUUGAAGGACACUGGUCGAAGUUUCUGUCGGUGCCGUUUGUAAACGUUGAUCAUCAGUUCUUCGGAAUGCGAUCCCGCCAUCCAACCAGCCUUACAAAAGACUCACCGAAGCAUGAACCUGCAUGAAUCAGCUUGUCAUCUUCCGCCUUUAGUCCAUUUGCGAUUCGGAACGUGAAGUAUCUGAAUCAGUGUCUUCGCCUGACGCUCACGACAUCCUAUACGGAUGCACCUCCGUUCAAUACUUCAAGGCUUUGUGGAGUCGGGUCGCACUUAAAGGAUCGAAAAUGUCCCAGACAUUCAUGCAAGCAAGUAAGUACAACUGCGUCUUCGGUGGAAAUACUGAUGUGGGACGGUUACAUGGCAAUACAUAUGUGGCGGCCGGGACACGUAUUGCGUUAUUGAGAUUCUCCAUAGCCAAGACAUGUCUCCAAGCCUCGGGUGUCUCUGACCUGCCAGAUGUUGGACAUUGCACGUCUGACACAUGUUAGAGAUACGACAGAUACAGCCCACGUCAAAGACCCCUCCGUGUCGUUUGAAGAGUUGUUGGCCGUCGAGAGUGAUGAGGUCGAGCGUCGGUCCCGACAACCGGCGCGUACUUGGGCGGUUGUGUAGACAAUCUGAACUCCGCCCGGUCAAAUAGUGUCUACGAAGCCUCUCGUUCUUUUACUACUCACAUUCCUUUCACUUCGUUGAAAAAACUUCAAAUAUGUUCUUUUCUACCCUCGUCGCUUUCGUUGCCCUUGCUUCUUCCGCUCAGGCGGUCAUCUACACAACCUCUCCUGUUGCAAGCACCUCUUGGGUUGCUGGUCAGGAGCAGACCAUCUCCUGGCAGGACGAUAACACCUCCCCCAAUCUUGAGGCGUUUGGCCCUGCCAAAGUGACUUUGGGCGUCGGCAAUGCUAUCACGCAGACUCAACUUCAACUUAUUGUGGAUAAUGUUGAUGUCUCUACGACCAAGUCCAUUGUCUUCACUCCUGACCCGUCCGUUGGUGAGAAUGGCGACGGUGCCGUCUAUUUCAUUCGCUUCGAGUCCCUUAGCCUCAAGGAUGCUACUCAACCGCAGUUCCCCGCGCUGGGUUUCUCCGCCAAGUUCGCCCUGACUGGCAUGACUGGUACUUUCAACACGACCGUUAAGCAACAAAUCCUCGGCGCCUCGACUGCUCCCUUGGGCCCCACCUCAGCUAGCGCUUCGUCCACCGCGUCUAACACUGCCAGUCGUUCUGCAUCAAGCACCGCCUCCCGCUCUUCUGGUGCCCCUACUUCCAGUGCGAGUGCCCAGGGUGCCGCAAAUGGUGCUCUCAGCACUGCUGCCACUAGCUUCGUCGCUGUUGCUGGUUCUGUCAUUGCUCUUGCUGUCGCAAUGAUUCUCUAAGCGUCUCUCUAUGGACUAUAUCCGUACCUCUUUCGUUGUUGAUCUGUGGUUCAAAUUCUUUCCUGGGUUUACCGGCUAACAUCUUUUCAUUGGAGUUCUCCCGUUUUGUGUAGAGAGUGGUUCCUAAUUUCGUGAUAUAUCCGACCCAAAGUCAUUUCUUCUUGCACGCAAUUAUGCAGAAGGCUCUUACCACGUUCCUCAUGGCAUUUGUGACGAUCGUCAUGACCGUACGAUGUAUGCCGACCGGCUUUAGCUUACCUUCCUUAAUCACGAACCUUAGUCCCAGCUUCUGAAACACUAUGCAAGAAGGGAGGUUCAAGCUUUCAACGUCUGCGUUAAAGAUACCCGACGAUGCGGUAGUCGCACUGGCCACCGGCCAUCGAGGAAUAAAUAUUGUCAUGCGUCACCUCCG